GGACGAAUACUAUCGUCGCAACUCGUGGGACGCCAGUCGACGGAGAUAAUCGUUCGGAUAACAGCAGUAAUCAUGAAAUCCUUUGUGAAGUAUUCGGCAGAUUGUGAUUUUCCGAUCGAGAAUUUGCCAUACGGAAUAUUUUCUACUAAAAAUAAGCCAGAAAAAAGAAUAGGCGUAGCAAUCGGUGAUGAAAUUUUGGACUUGAGUGCUAUCGCGAAUUAUUUCGAUGGACCAUUGUUAAAGAAUAAACAGGAUGUAUUCCGCCGUGAUUAUCUAAAUGAUUUCAUGUCUCUUGGAAGACCAGCAUGGCUAGAAGCAAGAUUGAAACUUCAAGAACUGCUUUCUGCCAGCAAUCAUACCUUGCAAGAUCCGGAAAUCCGCUCAAAAAUUUUUGUUACACAGAAGGAUGCGAUAAUGCACUUACCAGCAAAGAUUGGCGAUUACACUGAUUUUUACUCAUCUCUUAAUCAUGCUACAAAUGUCGGCAUCAUGUUUCGUGGCAAGGAAAAUCCAUUGAUGCCGAAUUGGAAAUAUUUGCCAGUCGCUUAUCAUGGUAGAGCAAGUUCCAUCGUCGUGUCGGGAACGGAUAUAAGACGACCACAUGGUCAAACACUUCCAGUUGAGAACGCAGCGCCAGUCUUUGGCUCCAGUAGAUUAAUGGAUUUUGAGCUUGAAAUGGGUACUUUUGUUGGUGGACCACCUACAAAUCUCGGUGAUAUCAUCCCAGCUUCGAAGGCUUACGAUCAUAUCUUUGGAAUGGUUUUAAUGAAUGAUUGGAGUGCACGUGAUAUCCAAAAAUGGGAAUAUGUGCCGUUAGGUCCAUUCGGUUCAAAAAAUUUAGGAACUUCCAUUUCUCCAUGGAUAGUUACAAUGGAAGCUCUAGAACCUUUUAAGGUACCCAAUAUGAUUCAGGAUCCAACACCAUUUCCGUAUUUGCAACAUGACGAAUCCUGUAAUUUUGACAUUAAAUUAGAAGUUGACAUAAAAACUUCAGGUAACAUGGUCACGACUAUAUGCCGAAGUAAUUUCAAAUAUAUGUACUGGACUCCGCGACAGCAAUUAGCGCAUCAUACUGUGACUGGAUGUAACAUUAAUCCUGGUGAUUUAAUGGGCUCUGGCACUAUAAGUGGAGAAACUUCGGACUCUCUCGGUUGUCUGUUAGAAUUAUCUUGGAAAGGCACACGUAACAUUGUAUUAAAAGAUGGUACCGUAAGAAAAUUCCUUCAAGAUGGUGAUGAAGUAAUACUUCGUGGUUUCUGCGUCGGCGAGGGCUAUAAAAUUGGUUUCGGAUCAUGUGCGGGUAAAUUAUUACCGCCGAGUGAACUUGAUAUAUAAAACAAAGUUUACACAUAUUUUGUUUUUUCUUAUAUCUUAUAUUUGCAAUUGAGUACGUAAUUUAGUACGUAAUUUUUUACUACUUAUAUACUUUUGUUAUAAUUUUUUAUGGGCGAGAUUUGAAAAAAAUUAAUGUGUAGAUUAAAAU